UCUAUGGCUGCUUACCAAAAGGCUGGCAGUUCAAAUCUCCCAGGCACUCCUUGGAAACCCUAUGGAGCAGUUCUACUCUGUAAUGUAGGGUUGAUAUGUGUUGGAAUCCACUCAAUGGCAUUGGUUUGGAGUGUUGCAUCAGAGCUUCCAUCAUGAAGCUGCCUCUAGGGCUCCACUCCCACCCUGCAAGCCCUCAACGAGGUGGGUUGGAACAGUGGCUGCAACAAUGGGCUCAAGCAUAACAAAGAUUGUGAGGAUGGUGCAGGACCAGGCAGGGUUUUGUUCUGUGGUACAUUGGGUUGCUAUGAGCCGGAACCAACUCGACAGCACCUAACAACGGCAACAAAACUGCUAAUAAAGUAACAUGAGAGAAUGCUUGUCUGAUUACGUUCACGUUGAAAGUUAAUUCAAAAUCAUCAGCUGAUUGGACUACGUGGUGGAGUAGGGGGUAGUAGAUUUGAGGAGAGAAGGAAAUGCAUGAAUAAUUGUUUGAAAUGCUGGAAACUAAAUAUUAAACAAGCAUGAUGUGAAUUUGUCAAGUAAUGUCCUGUCGGUGACUGAUACCUGUCUGAGGGCAAUAACAGAAAGUGAAGCAAGGCAGUUGUGUUUUUCUCAGGUCUCAUUCACAUGCUCAGUGCUUAUGCAGGGCCAGAGUAAGUAAUAACUGGGUGUAAUCAGAGUUAAGCUUUUAUAAAUGAAAAUUAUGAUGAAGGAGUGAAGGAGAGGGGGAUUUAGAUUUGGUUGCAAGAAAAUUAUACGACAUUGUAAAGUAGAAUCUUAGGUGGGUAAGGAGUGAAAAAAAUAUUGUGAAGAGUGAGUCAUAUUUAUUGAUUAAAUUAAAGGUUAACAUUUAUCAUAAACUGAAUAGGUGUGUUAAAUGAUAAUGUUACUGAACAGCAUCCUGAGCUUCAUGUUUUUUUAUAUUUUGUAUUAGCGACGGAAGGGAUACAAAAAUAGAAAACUAAUAAUGCUCACAUUUAUUCCCUCAGUAACAAAGGAGUGGUUUAAGAAAACCAAGUCGUAUAAUAUACAGGAGAAGUCUUAAUCUUUGAAUGAAAAAUGAAGUGAAAAAAAAAAAUUACGAAAAUGUUUUGACUUGAGAAAAGUUGAUUAGGGAUGUUUACAGAGAAAAAACCCAAGAACUGAGACUAAACAAGAGACAAAGACACCCUCUCACUGAGGUAAAAUAAUCAAAGCUCUUUCCUGAAAAAUAAGCUCUAACUAACAGUGUAUACUUCUCAAUUUCUCUAGUAUCAUUAAAAUAAAAGUUUAAUAAAAUAUACCAGGAUUUUAUUUGUUAAAUUGGUUUUAAUAGCAUCUCAGUUCAUUGCUGAGGUUUCAGGUGACGUUCUCUAGAAAUGGAGCAUGGUGAUGGGGGAAUUAAUUCAUUAAUUAUGUAGGUUUAUACAAGUACCAAUGCAAUUAACAGAAGUUAAUAUGCUUUUCAAAAUAGUUAAUAAAUUAACCAUCUUAAAUUUAUCAUAUAUACAGAUGGAAAGCAAAUUAAAAGCAGAAGAAUCAAAUAACGCUACAAUUAUGGAAUUUGUUCUCACUGGGUUUUCUGAUGUACCCAAUCUGCAGUGGAUACUCUUUGGGAUAUUUUUCAUCAUGUACCUAAUUAUUUUGUUGGGCAAUAGCAUCAUAAUACUGAUAACAAGACUUGACCUUACUCUUCAGAACCCCAUGUAUUUUUUUCUUGGCAAUUUUUCCUUUUUGGAAAUAUGUUUUGUAACAGUCAGUGUUCCAAGAAUGCUCAGGGACAUUUGGACCCAGAAAGGAAAUAUUUCCUUUUUGGCUUGUGCUACACAAAUGUGUUUUGUGCUUAUGUUUGGAGGCAUAGAGUGUUUGGAACUGACGGUGAUGGCCUAUGACCGCUAUGUGGCCAUUUGUAACCCUCUGAAAUAUCCUAUAGUCCUGAGCCACAAAGUUUAUACCCAGUUAGUGGCUGGCUCUUGGGUCAGUGGAAUUCCAGUUGAAAUUGGGCAAACAUGCUGGAUUUUCUCUCGCUCAUUUUGUGGGUCUAACAGAAUUAAUCAUUUCUACUGUGACAUCCCCCAAAUACUCAAGCUUGCUUGUGGGGACACAUUCAUGGACCAGAUGGUGGUCUAUAUAUUGGCUGUGAUAUUUUUAAUGGUCCCAUUUCUGCUGACUGUUGCUUCCUAUGGCAAAAUUAUCUCCAGGACUCCGAAACUGUCCUCAGCCAAAGGGAGGGCCAAAGCCUUCUCCACCUGUUCUUCUCACCUGACAGUUAUAACCUUAUUCUAUGGAACAGCAGCUAUCAAUUAUUUACAGCCCAAAUCAAAUCAAUCUGAAGGACUGGGGAAACUGCUCUCUGUUUUCUAUACCAUUUUGACACCGGUGAUGAAUCCCAUUAUAUAUAGUUUGAGGAACAAGAGUGUUAUGGUGGCAUUGAAGAGAUUACUACCUAAUUAUUAACAUGAGGGAAUUACAGAAAUUAUAGAAACCAUGUGCUUAUGUUUUUGUCAUGUAGAUACAAUUGGAAAAUCUUCUAAUUUUGUUUCUACACUCUGAAAUAGAGAUAAUUAACAAUGUGCUAACAAUCUCACAUUGUCAAGGUACCUCUGUUUCAUAGAAUUAACUACUUCUGUGUAAUCGAACCACAAAUUAACUGAAGUUCAAAAAUAUAAUCUUUAAGAUCAAUCUUUCCUCUGACUGUGAACAA